GAGAAGAAGAGAGAAAGAAAGAGAUUGAAAGAGAGCACGAAGAAGAAAGAUGUAAACAGAAGCAAAUAGAGAUGGAAGAGGAAGAAAGAGAGAGGGAGAAAGAGAGACAGAAAGAUAUUGAAAGAGAGAAUGAAGAAGAACUAUUUGAACAGAAGCAAAAAGAGAUGGAAGAGGAAGAACGAGAAGAAGAGAGACAGAGAGAGAUCAAAAGAGAGAAUGAUGAAGAAAUAUGUAAACAGAUGCAAAAAGAUAUGAAAGAGGAAGUACAAGAGAAGGAGAAAGAGAGACAGAGAGAGAUCAAAAGAAAGAUAAUGGAAAAGAGACAAAAACAUAUCAGAGGAGAAGAAGAGAGACAGAAAGAGAUUGAAAGAGAGAAUGAAGAACAACUAUUUAAACAGAAGCAAAUAGAGAUGGAAGAUGAAGAACGAGAAGAAGAGAGACAGAGAGCGAUCGAAGAGAAAGAGAGACAGAGAGAGAUGGGAGAGAAAGAAAGACGACAACAACAAGAGGAGAGAAAGAUCAUGUUUGAGAGAGAUCAAGAAGAAGAAAAUAUAUGGAAACAGAAGCAAAUUGACAUGGAGAAGGAGGGAAGAGAGAGGGAGAACAAGAGACAGAGAGAGAUAGAAGAGAUACACAGACGACAACAACAAGAGGAGAGACAGAAACAAAAGGAGAAGGAGAAAGAAAGGGAGAAAGACAAUGACAAUCAGAGAGAGAUGGAAUUAAGAGAUCAGCAACAGAAAGAGAUGGAGAAAGACAAGAUGAUUAUGAGACAAAGGGAGGAAGCAGGAAGAAGAAAGGAGGGGCAGAAAAAUAUUUUAGGGGAAAUUGAGGGACAGAAUGAACUGGAGAUAGAACAGGAGAGAGAGAUUGAAGAAAAGCAGGAAGUGAUUAAGGAAGCAGAGGAAGAGUACGGGGAAAGAGAAGAGAGAGGAAAGGAAGUAAGCAUGAAGAAACAUGUAGUAGUUAAUGUUAAAGCAAAAGCACGGGAAGUUUUCAAUAGGCGUAAAGAGAGGAGGUUAGAAGUGUUGAAGGGGGAACGAGAACACAUAGAAAGAGGACAACAAAUCAGGAGGGAGAAGGAGGAAAGACGGCUGGAGAUGGAAAGAAAACAGGAGAGGGCAAGACAACAAGAGGAGCAGGAUAGAAAACGAGAGAUUGAAAUUGCUAGACAGAAAGAAAUGUUGAGACUAAGAGAGGAGGAGAGGCAGAGAGAGGAUGAGAGAGAGGAGCAGAGAAAGAAAGCCAUUAAAUGCCAUUUAUCUUUAAUUAGAGAGAGACAAAAAAUAAUACAGGCAAAAAAAAGGGAGGAGAUGGUGGAAGAGGAAAGAAGGGAGAUCCUUGAGUACAAGAGGGGUGACUUAGAGGAGGAGGAGAAGGAAGAUGACAAGGAGGACAUUCUCCCACCUGAUAAAAGUAUCAGAAGGAGAGCUGUGGGCUGGGUGAAUAAAACAUGGGAGAAGAGGAACCUCAGAAAGAUAGAGAGAACGUAUCAGAGAGAGGCUGAGGAGGGCCAUAAGAUCGUCCACAUAGCCAUCCCUGGACACACAAGGCUAACAUCCACCAUGACCCGGGCAGAGAGAUUUAGUAAAAAGCAAUAUUGUUGUUACGGUGUGGAUUGUUUUGUUAUUUAUUAG